AUGGCCGCUCGCUUGGACCUGGCCAAAGUCAAAGGAUGUGAUGGUGUCGAACCAGAUAAUGUCGAUGUUUAUACUCAGAUCGACGGAGGAGGUUUUAGAGUCACAUAUCAAGAUCAAAUCACUUACAAUACUUGGCUAGCUAGAGAAGCCCAUGCUCGAGAUCUCUCGAUUGGGUUAAAAAAUGAUGUCGAUCAAGUUGGACAUCUUGCAUCACAUUUUGAUUGGGCACUCAAUGAGGAGUGUUUUGCUUAUAAUGAGUGUGAUACACUUCAGCCAUUUAUUAAAGCGAACAAGGCUGUUUUCAACUGUGAAUACAAUACUCAUCGCAACUGUCUGAAGGCAGUGCAAGCCAAAAUGAGCUCAAUUCAAGCACCACUUGCGCUCAACGGAAAGAAUAUGAAAAUGUGCAAUGCACAUGGUCAAUUGGUACCAUUUUAA